AUACUCUUUUGUACUUACGUUAGCCGGCUGAGGUUGGGGACUUGGAGCUGUAGAGCUGAUCAAACUCAUCGGUUGAAAAACAUACUGCCGGCAAGAUGUGGCAUGCAGCCUUCCUCCUGUUGGCUGCCAGCUUGUCAGUGAGCCUGGCCAGACCCCACCUCCAUCCACUGUCUAGUGAGAUGGUCAACCACAUCAAUAAACUGAAUACUACCUGGAAGGCUGGCCACAACUUCCAUAACGUCGAUUAUAGUUAUGUGCGCAAGCUGUGUGGUACAAUGCUGAAGGGACCCAAACUGCCAGUCAUGUGAGUCUUAGUCAUAUGUUCUGUGCUGCCAAAAGAAUUUGAUGCUAGACAGCAGUGGCCUAACUGUCCCACUCUGAAAGAGAUCAGAGACCAGGGCUCCUGUGGAUCCUGCUGGGCGUUUGGUGCUGCAGAGGCCAUCUCUGAUCGUGUAUGCAUUCACAGCAAUGGGAAGGUCAAUGUGGAGAUCUCCUCAGAGGAUCUGCUGACCUGCUGUGACAGCUGUGGCAUGGGAUGUAAUGGUGGCUACCCUUCAGCUGCCUGGGACUUCUGGGCAAGUGAAGGGCUGGUCUCUGGGGGUCUCUAUGAUUCCCACAUUGGCUGCAGGCCCUACACCAUCGCCCCCUGUGAGCACCAUGUGAAUGGCAGCAGACCUCCCUGCACUGGGGAGGGUGGUGACACACCAGAGUGUGUCCGCCAGUGUGAGUCUGGAUACACACCAAGCUAUACACAGGACAAGCACUAUGGUAAAACAUCUUACAGCGUGCCAUCAGACGAACAGCAGAUUCAGUAUGAGAUCUACAAGAACGGCCCUGUAGAGGGAGCGUUUACAGUCUAUGACGACUUUGUUCUGUACAAGACUGGUGUUUAUCAACAUGUGUCUGGUUCUGCUGUCGGUGGUCACGCCAUCAAGAUCCUGGGCUGGGGAGAGGAAAAUGGCACUCCCUACUGGCUCUGUGCCAACUCCUGGAACACUGAUUGGGGUGAUAAUGGAUACUUUAAAUUCCUGCGUGGUUCAGAUCACUGUGGUAUUGAAUCUGAGAUUGUGGCAGGGAUUCCCAAAUAAAAACUAAGGUUUUCAGCUGUAGCAUCAUUACACUAUCACUAGAGGGCGAUGCACUCCACUGACCAGAAGACACAGCUGACAAAAUUAACUGCUUUUAGUCUUUUUUACCUAAAGCGCGCUGAUCACUUUGCACACCGGCUUUAAAAACUAAAGCGAGGUGAAUUUGCAGAUGGGAUGUGACAGAAAUGUGAUGAACCUGAGGAGAAAGUGCUGGAGUUGAUGUUUUCACCUCUUAGACAGACAGGAGAAAUUUUAUUUUAGACAGGCAUUAGCAU